CACAGAAACAUUAGUUGAGCUGCUUCAUAACAUAUUCUUGUCAUUAUCCUAGUGACGAUCCUCGGUACACCGCCACACGCAGUUUCAAAAUCUGUUUAAGAAAGCCACUAUGAAGCCUGUGCAUGCAGUUAUAUUGCUUUGCUUUUUGGGAUCGUUGCUCCUGCAAUCCCAGUGUAGUCCCACUGCUAAAGGAGAUGUUAAAGAUGCAAAUGAUGAAGAUGAUAUUGAAAACGCUGCACAACAGAAGACUGACGACGAUGAGAAAACUACGAAAGAAAAAGAAAUUGAAAUAAUGGAAGCUGGUAUUUUGGAUUCUAUUCAAAAGUUCUUUAAUUCUGACGACCCAGAAUCAGGAGUCACUAAAAUCUCCGAUUAUGUGAAAAGAUUUGGAGUAGUUUUGAAGGACCUAGUCACCCGUGCCGUUUCGGGGAUUAAUGGACUAAUUAAAGGACUGUCUAAUAAAGAAGAUUCGGAUGGUGAAAAGGAGGAGGUGGCGACUAUUUCAACUGAGAUGGAAGGAUCAAGAUAAAUGUUCAGUAAUCUAAUCAUUAGAACAAACGCUGAAUACGAGUAAAACGUUUUUUUUUCUUAACAGUUUCAUUUCUUUAAUAAAAAAAGUGAUAUCAAUGUCUGAUUAUCAAAGAGUUGUGUUUUAUUCAACAUUAUUUCCUUGUAAAUCUUUUA